AUGGGAGUAGCCAUCAACCCAAUUCAAACCGCAUACGCAGAAGCUCCUCCGCACAGCUCGUACCUGUCGAAGAAACCGAUGUACGAUGCGGACGAGGAAGAAAGCAGCAGCAUCCGCCGCAAGAUAGAGAAAUCUGCCCUACAACCAGUGACAUCUCAACCGGAUACUCCUUCACCGCAGGCCAAUAUCGUUAAACCUAGCGCUCCAACUCCAACUGACCAAUUGGCCGAACAAAUCCGACACGUCCGCCUCUUCCUCUACCGUCACUCUCUCGUUGCGGAAAACAGCUUUAAUGACACUGUUGCCCGCGUCCUCCACGCUGAAUCACAGUUUACAAGCACCAUCGCUUCGUUGGCACCUCCUCGGGAAUCCGGCGAACGGCUGCUACCCGGAGGUAUCUAUGUACUGGUUUCCGCAAUGGCUGGGUCGAUCGUCUCUCGAAACCGUGGCAUACUGCUCCGAACCGCAUCUCCAAUUGCAGUGGGAACCGUUGCUGCCUGGAGCCUGCUUCCUAUCACCAUGAGAAAUGUCUCAGACUUGGUGUGGGAGUACGAGAAGAAGGUUCCCGCCGUGGCUGAGAACCAUCUCUACCUUCAGUAUGUGGCAGAACACUCUGUACAGCAAGCCAUCAGGGUCAGUGGUGAUGCGCGAGUUUGGAUGGAAAGCAAGAUCGGCCAGGGCCGAGAGGCCAUCGAGAAAUUGAUCAAUGUCAUUGUAUACAUGUACUUUACCUACAGCGUUUAG